CAGCGCCGCGGGCCGGGCGGGCGCGAUGGAGCCGCCUGAGGGCUGGGACCCCUACGGGCGUCCGGCCCAGCGCACGCAGUGGCUGGUCAGCGCCCUGGCCUACCACUACGGGCUGGACCGCGGCGUGGAGAACGAGAUCGUCGUGCUGGCCACCGGCCUGGAUCAGUACCUGCAGGAGAUCUUCCACCACCUGGACUGCGCCGGGGCGGGCCGCAUCCCCAGCGAAGACUUCCGCACGCUGUGCCAGGUGCUGGGGCUGGAAGAGGCGGCGGAGCCCGAGGAGGGCGCGGGGCUGUGGGACGGGCUCUCGGCCGAGCUCACCUUCCGCCAGUUCCACGCGCGGCCGCGUCUGCCGCUCGGCCGGGAGAGCGAGCACAUCGAGACCCAGAUCCGCCUGCGCAGCCCCCGCCGCCGCCGCUGCCGCGCCCACCCCGCCGAGCCCGAGCAGCGGCCGCCGGGGCCCUGCUGCCGAGAGCGCUCCAAGGAGAUGGUGGCGCUGGAGCAGGCCGAGGAGCGUCUCGCCAAGCUGCAGGAGGAGAACGGCAGCCUGCGGGAGCUGGUGGAGGACAUGCGGGCCGCCCUGCAGAGCAGCGAUGCGCGGUGCCUGGCGCUGCAGGUGGGACUGCGGAAGAGCCAUGCCAGCCAUAAGGAAGAAGGAUCGUGCUUCAUAGGGAGUAAGAGACCAUUAGCACAGAAGCACUCCCAGACCAAGUGCCUCCAAAGUGUCCUGAAGGAAAAGGAGCUCAUCACAGAAGCACUCCCAGACCAAGUGCCUCCAAAGUGUCCUGAAGGAAAAGGAGCUCACCUGCAGCUCCAGGGAUGGGCAGAUUGAAGAAGCCAUCAGGUUCAAUCAGGCUGGAGAAGGAGCUGCAGAGCUCUCAGGAAGCUCUGAUCAGCCUGGGGGAUUGCAACCGUAACCUGAAGAGGGAGCAGGCAGAGAUGAGGAGGAAGGUGGAGGAGGCCAGACACGCUGUCCUGACAAGUCAAAGUGAAGGAGCUGGAGGUGAGAGCUAACGAGGUGCCACAUCUGCAAGGAUACAUUCAGCAGCUGGAAUCACAACUGCAGCA